GCUCGAGGCAACGCUCUGUAAUGACGGGGUGUGCCGAGAAUUUGAAUUAGCUCGCCGUUAGUUUGAAGAAAGAGUGAGUCGGGUUAGAGAGAGGAGCCAUUUUGUCCCGACUGUUUAAGAGAAAAGAAAGAGCGUUUAACAGGAGUCACACGGGAGGAUAGCCUAUUUUUCUGCUUACUUUUCUCAUGCGGUAGAAAAGGAAAAACUGUUGGAGUCGGGAUAAAUAGACAUAUUGGACACGUCUACUGACACGUUAUUUGGGUGGUGUUUAGCCAACUAGCUCUCCGAAGCUAAUCAACCAAUCCCAGAUUGUUAGCUGUUAACAGUCCAGUGGAUUCUGGGCGGUUGGUCAGAUUGUGUUGGAGCUGGCUUGAGACUUCACCCACGCACGCAAGGUUGUCACUUUUUGUUGAAAAAUAAUCACACACACACGCUGUUCUUCAAUGGCGAAGAAAACGUACGACUUGCUGUUCAAGCUUCUUCUGAUCGGAGACUCGGGCGUGGGGAAAACCUGUGUGCUGUUCCGCUUCUCGGAUGACGCCUUCAACACAACCUUCAUCUCCACAAUAGGAAUAGACUUCAAGAUCAAAACUGUCGAAUUGCAAGGAAAAAAGAUCAAACUACAGAUAUGGGACACAGCAGGUCAGGAACGGUUCCACACAAUCACCACCUCCUACUACAGAGGAGCCAUGGGCAUCAUGCUGGUCUAUGAUAUCACCAACGCCAAGAGCUUUGAAAACAUCAGCAAAUGGCUGCGCAACAUUGACGAGCAUGCGAAUGAGGACGUUGAAAGGAUGCUGCUAGGCAACAAGUGUGACAUGGAGGACAAGAGGGUCGUACCAAAAGCCAAGGGAGAGCAGAUUGCGAGGGAGCACGGCAUUAGGUUUUUUGAAACGAGUGCUAAGGCCAACAUCAACAUCGAGAAGGCGUUCCUCACGUUAGCAGAAGACAUCCUCAAAAAGACACCCGUAAAAGAGCCCAACAGUGAAAACGUCGACAUCAGCAGCGGAGGCGGAGUCACAGGAUGGAAGAGCAAGUGCUGCAGUUGAACGACUGUUUAACUCGUACUAAAGCACACACACACUUACACUCUCUCUCACUCUCUCUCUGUCUCUCUCUCGAUCUCUUACUCUCUUCCUCUUUCUCUCUUUUUCUCUAACUGCUAACUCUCUCUCGCCCUCUAACCCAUCUCAUAAGUUUUCCUUGCACACUGACACACUGUCUCUUUUAUCAGAAGAAAACAAUAAAACACUUCACCUGUUUAUCCUCCUCCACCAAGUCCACCCUCCUCCCUAUGUCCAUGUUUUUCUUUCUCCAUCAAAUCAUUUAAUUUCAAAUAAAAUACCGAAAUUCACGUUUUGUUGUAUGUUUUAAAGGCUGUCAAACAAAAAGCGUGAAAAAUACAAAAGAUCAUGUUUUUAUUAUAUCCUUUGCCUGGACUUCAUCCACCCUUAAGCCUCCAGCUCCCUCCCAUCCUCCCUCCCUCCCUCCUAACCCAUACCACUCACCUUCAGCCAGAGGUUAUAAAAGUUAAAAUUGAAAAAAAAAGGAGAUAAAUUUAGGAUUAACAUUUUGUACAUUCUGUGAGGUUUCUGUUUGUCUAACCAUCUUCAGCCAUUUAACAAUUUGUUACCGAGUGACAGAGGCGUGGCCAGCUCCUUUUGUAUGUGGGGUUUAUUUUGUCCUGUGCCUUAUAUGGAAGACAGGGGCGGGGGCUGUGUGGUGGGCGGAGCCACAUCCACCCUAAGGAAAUCACACUUUAUUAAUCUGUCGGUUGGGGUCCGUUCCAUCAAAGAUGCCGAAAGCCGAAGCAGAAACGUUUGAAUUUCUCCUCCAGCCAAGAGAACGGCAUUAUAUUAAUGUUUAAUUUUGUCUGUAUGAUUUAUGUUACCUUUAUGAUUUGUUUUUUUUCUUUUCUUUUCCCUAUUUUUUUUUUUUUUUUUUCCUGCAUGCGGAUUUCUUUGGGUUGGAAGCGUUUCUGUAACGUUGUUGUAACCUUUGCCACUGGGUAACUGUGGGAGGGAGGUACAGAAGUUCUCUUUGGAAAUUCAAACAAUUUUGCAGAUCCAUUAAAAAAUAAGCUUGUUUAAGUUAAA